AUGGGGAAAGGAUGGAUUUAUCUCCUCAAGAAAGAGGAUUUCGCCAAAAUAGGAGCCAAGUUAGGCAUCACUUUGGAGGGAAGAACGGAUGACAAGAGGAAAGCCCUCUCAGAGUACCUCACAAGGAAACAGGAUGACCCAAGAGUAGCAGAGAUCUGGGCUGAGCUGGAAGAGAAAUACGACGAUAAGCCAGGCCCAACAAUCAAAUUGCUGAACCCUGACGCCGAGGAGCUCAUAGCAAGUCUCGGAGUGGACAGCAUGAGGGAAGCUGGCAGGAGUCGAAACCCACGCCAAGAAAGAAUAACAGGGCAGCAAAGACCUAGCACUCCAGAUUACGCCAAAGUCGCAAAGCAAGUGAGGGAAUGGUCGUUCAAAUUCGAUGGCACAGAGAAGCCACUAGAAUUUCUAGAGCAGGUGGAAUGGUCCGCAAACACGUACGGGCUGAACCUGAACAUGAUCCCACGUGCAAUGCCAGAGCUAUUGCAAGGCAAAGCACUGAAAUGGUUUAUUUCAAACAACAAACAGUGGAGAACAUGGGGAGAGUUCAGCGAAAGUUUCCAGACGUACUUUCUGCCGAGAGGGUUCUUCUCGAAAUUGGCAGACAAGGUGAAGCAACGGAAACAGGGUUUCAGGGAACCGUUCAAAGAUUACAUGGUGGACAUGCAGACUUUGAUGAGGCCACUCGGGUAUUCGCCAAAGGAGACCCUAGAAAUAAUCAAGGACAACUGCACACCAGACCUGAGAAUCUCACUAAGAACGUACAAAGUGGAUGAUCUGGACACAUUAAUGAUCCUGGCUGACGAGUACGAAGAACUGGACAAAGAGCGAGAAGAGUUCAUUCACGAACACAAGUUCUCUCGAAGCAGAAUCGCAGCACCACCACAAACUACAUGCAGGAGAUGUGAAGACAGCACGGCAACCAACGAACACAUUAUGGAGGCCACCAAACACCACUCAGAUGGCACGCAACCCAAUGCCAAGAGCCACCAAUACACAGACCCACGUGGUGAACCCACAGGAGGCAUGUCGCCGUUGUGGAGGACACGAACACUGGGCACGAGGAUGCAGAAACCAAAGACUACUGUUCUGCUGGGAGUGCGGCAAAAUUGGCAUCAGGAGUGUAGAGUGCUGCCAAAAGGCGGGAAAUGGGCAGCGAUCCCAGUCGCAGAGAGGCGCACAGGGGUCGCAAAGUGUCUCCUCUCCAAACUAACUGGCAAGUUGAUCGAGGAAGAGCAGCAGUUAUCCGCGUACGUUGAAAUUGGAGGCGUCGCAUACAAGGCCACAAUUGACACGGGAGCAACGUCAAGUUUCAUUAAUGAGGAGCUAGCGGAUAGACUGACUGACACAGGAAUGAUCACAAGGACAAGACGGCAAGUUAGGUUGGCAGACGGCAGAUGCAGCCGGAUAAGCUCACAGCUCGAAAUCACGGUGAAAUUUGGAAACAAACAAUUGGAGAUGAAUCUGUUAAUACUUCCAGGAGUAGUGGACGAACUAGUGCUGGGAUGGAACUUCCUCACAGGAGUCGGGGCAGAAAUAAAAUGUGCCGGGCAUGAAUUGCAAAUACCGGCAAGAAAACGGCACAGUGGAUGUCUAGAAGAAAGGCUGUCGGUGGCUGUAGAUUCACACUUAAGUGAUGAAGAGGACAUCGAGAAAUUCCUCGCCACACAGUUAGCAGAUUUCAGCACCAUGUCAGGAACAUCUACAGUGGCCGAGCACCAAAUCACCAUGAAAGACGACAAGCCAAUCAAGCAGAGGUAUUAUCCUAAAAACCCAAGAGUCCAAGGAGAAAUCAACGCAAAGGUGGACGAGCUGUUACAAAUGGGCUUCAUAGAACAUUCAAGAAGUCCAUACAGCUCGCCCAUCGUGAUGGUGAAAAAGAAGACGGGCAAGUGGAGGCUAUGCGUGGAUUUCAGACAAAUAAACGCGAAGUCCAUAAAAGAUGCCUACCCGAUGCCGCGAAUCAACUAUAUCCUGGAUCAACUCAGAGAGGCGAAAUAUAUAAGCAGUCUAGAUCUGAAAGACGGAUAUUGGCAAGUCCCUUUGGAAGCAAAUAGUCGGCAAUAUACGGCAUUUACAGUACCCAGCAAAGGUUUAUUCCAAUGGAAAGUAAUGCCUUUCGGACUACAUUCAGCAUCGGCCACGUUCCAAAGGGCUCUGGAUCAGGUAAUCGGCCCGGAGAUGUCACCAUACGCGUUUGCAUACCAAGAUGACAUCAUUGUGAUCGGACGCACACUGAAAGAACACGUGGAGAACCUAAAGGAAGUGUUCAGGCGCCUAAAGGAAGCAAAUUUGAGAAUAAACGCCGAUAAAUGCAAAUUCUUCAAGCAAGAAUUGCUUUACCUAGGACACCGCGUUACUAGCGAAGGGAUAGGCACAGAUCCCGAGAAGGUAGCAGCCAUAGCCGAACUAGAGCCACCGUCGACAGUACGCGAACUACGGCAAUACCUAGGCGUAGCCUCAUGGUAUCGACGAUUUGUGCCAGACUUUGCGCGUAUAGUUAGACCACUGAACGAUCUUCUGCGCAAAGGCACAAAGUGGACAUGGACGCCGGAACACCAACAGGCCUUCGAAGAGGUAAAGGCACGAUUAGUAGCCGAUCCAGUGCUGGCGUGCCCAGAUUUUGAGAAAAGGUUCAUCCUUCAGACGGACGCCAGCGACUAUGGGUUAGGUGCAAUCCUGACUCAAGAGACAGUACGACUUCGAGGUAGCGUACAGGAAAGGACAACUGAACGUAGUAGCAGACGCCUUAUCCCGACAACCGUUGCCGGAGACACUUAGGGCCAUAAAAGACGCAUCAGAACCUACCAAUAGCUGCAGCUGGAUCAGGAGUAUGUUGGAGAAAAUAAGAGCACAACCACAAAAAUAUCCAGAUUAUGUAAUGGAAGGCGAGUCACUAUAUAGGCACAUUCCUCACAGAGCGGGCUAUGAAGAUGUCGUG